UGUGUCCUUGGGUAGCACAGGCACAGGAAGGAGAACCUGGCCUCUGGGCAUGAACAGCAAGCAGGAUAGCCACCAGAUAAUAUGUGGAAUAAAAUGGGAUGGGGCCUCGCUAAACGUAAUGUACUCACUUCAGAAUCGUCAUAAUCGGAGCCAUUGAGUUUGAUCCUGACCACAACAACUUGAUGCAUCAAGUUUGACAACUUGGGGGCAACAAGGGGGGGGAUGAAAUGCUGAUUGGGAAUGCUCUAUGCUCACCAGAAAGUGAAUUUUGGUUAUGGCAUGGUUGAUCUCAGUUAAAAUGGGAGCUGCUUUGAACCGUGUACUCUUCUUGGGGUUAUUUUUCUUCUUACAGGCAAUCCUGGGUGUCUAAAAAAUGAAAUCCUUUUUAUUUGACGAGGUCACGGGGGGCUGGCCAGCAGCCAGGCACAGGGCUCCAGCACAGCUCUGCCCCAUCCUCUCUACAAGCCCAUCACUUCCCCCAGCGUGCUUCUCUUGCAUGUACUUCUGCACGCUGCAAGGAGAGGCUUAGGUUUGCUCUUCUGCUCGGUAUUUAGCUUUGCACUGUGCUUUGAGGUCAGUAACGUCUUAAGACCUGUUGCAGUCUCUGAAUAUAACCCCCCGCCUUUGUUGGGGGGAGGUUGACUGAGCCACAUGAUCAGAGUCAGGUGACAAUAUUGGGCACAAAACCAGAGGAGAAUAAACAGUUGGGUGUGGGAGAUCUGUAGCUGCUGAUCUUGCCUUUUGACAAGCUGUGUUACUCCUCAGGGAAAAAUGAGUGCCUGGCCCUCUCCUCUGCUUUGGAGCUUAACCACGGUGUGUCUAACAGGUAUUACUUUAGGCCAGACAACCACCGCCCAGGUCCCUACUGCAUCAACACCAGUGCCUCCCAGUGCAACUACCACGCAGGUCCUCAUUGUGUCAACGCCAGCACCUCCCAGUGCAACCAAUACCACAGCUUCUGCUGCCCCAGCUGCCCCUGCAACACUCUCAGCCAGCGUGGCAUCAACCACUGCAAACCUUGUCAUGUCCACAGCAGCACCCUCUGCUGAUCCAAGCACAAAAGAGCCUGAUAAGGCUCUGCCCACCGCGAAAGAUGUGACCGUCCUCAUCUCUGGCAGCAUGGCCACCUCUCCAGUGUCUACGGGACCGAUGGCUGCACCCACCAGUGCCCCAGUGUCCCCUCCAGGCAUGACCACGUCUCCCAGGGUCCCAUCAGCAGCUCCAUUCCUCACCACCCCCAAACCCUCGAACUGCAGCAGAGUGAACAUGACGGCCUGUGCCCGCUGCUCCCCAGGGACGUAUCCCAGUGAAGGCACCUUGAGCUGCUCGUGCUGUGGGGGGGGCUCGUGCAUAGACCCCAGUGCCUGCACCUCCUGCCCGCUGGGCCACUACCAGCCCGAAAGUGGGCAACCAUCAUGCCUGCCUUGUCCUCAGGGCCAUUAUGCCAACUUCACAAGGAGCACCGUGUGCCUUCCCUGCCCACCUGGCCAUUUUGCUAAUGAGUCUGGGGCUGCAGUCUGCAGAGCGUGUGAGAAAGGCUAUUUUAGCUCUAAGCAAAAUGCAGUUUUUUGUCUGCCUUGCCUGCCUGGAUCAUUUUGCAACAGCAGCAGCUGCACGGCGUGCCUGCCUUGUGCUGCUGGGCAAGAGGCUCUUCGGGAGGCGUCGGAGGCGUGCAUGCCCUGCCUGCCAGGUACGUUCAAAGGUCCCAGUGAUAACAAAUGCAAGCUCUGCAGGCCAGGAGAAUACCAGUUACAGCAGGGCAAGGAGAGCUGUGACCUGUGCCCAGAAAAUCACUACUGCCCUAGCCCAGAUGUGACCCCGGUCAAGUGCCCUCCCGAUGCCUUUUGCCCCACGGGCAGCACUGAACCGGCGUACUGCAUGGAGGUCUUUCUUUACAAGGCAGGGAACUCCUGCCAGCUGACUCCCCUGACGGUCAUUCUCCUGGCUGUCUUCUCAGCAGGUGGAAUCCUUGCUGUCUUUCUAAUAGUUCUAAGAAGAAGGCAAGAAUAUAGCAAGAAAUUGUUAAAGUCUCUAUUGCUACCCCGAGGCUCAGGACGACACACAACUUAUGGGGGGACUGAGCACACAGAACCUGUCUAUGCUGGCUGGUAGCUAGGACAUACUAUCAGCAACCAUCUUGCUUCUCUUUUACCUGGGACAAUACAGAUGUGUCUGUAUAGGCAAGGUGUUCAACCAUGAGCAACCUAUUUCUGCAUAGCUAAAAUAAGUGCCAAGAAAUAAAACUGAAUUUUUGAGUUGUG